AGAGAUUGUGGCGGUCGGGGGACGAUAUUGUAGACGUACAAGAGGGCAGUUGCUGAUUGGUCGCUUGGCGACUGUGGUGUACGGGACGAUGGCGACCCUGGUUCUGGACAACGGGGCUAGCACAGCGAAGAUCGGCUUCAGUGAGGAGGGGGUGAGCAUUUUGCCUAAUUGCCAGUUUCGCUCAAGGACUGCUCGUCUCAAAACUUUCACCUCCAACCAGAUAGAUGAGAUCAAAGAUCCCUCGGGCCUGUAUUAUAUUCUUCCCUUUCAGAAGGGAUAUUUGGUUAACUGGGAUGUUCAAAGGCAAGUAUGGGACCACCUGUUUGGGAAAGAAAUGUACAAGGUAGAUUUUCCUGAAACCACUAUAAUCAUCACUGAACCAUAUUUCAACUUUAAUUCCAUCCAAGAAUCAAUGAAUGAAAUCUUAUUUGAAGAAUAUCAAUUUCAAGCAGUCUACAGGACAAAUGCUGGAACAUUGAGUGCUUCCAAGUAUUUUGAAGAAAAUGAUUCUGAACUUUGCUGUCUUGUGGUGGACAGUGGCUACUCUUUUACACACAUUGUUCCUUGUUGUAAAGGGAAAAAGAUGAAUGAAGGUAUUUGCAGGAUUAACGUUGGAGGGAAACUGCUCACAAACCAUCUUAAGGAAAUAAUAUCUUACAGACAGUUGCACGUCAUGGAUGAAACUCAUGUCAUUAAUCAAGUGAAGGAAGAUGUCUGUUACGUCUCACAAGACUUCUACAAAGACAUGGAAAUAGCCCAGCUGAAAGGAGAAGCCAACACUGUAAUGAGAGAUUAUGUGCUUCCAGACUUCAGUACCAUUAAGAAGGGUUUUUGUAAGCCUUUAGAGGAAAUGGUUUUCAGUGGAAAAUACAAAACAAGUGAGCAAAUUCUUCGUCUGACUAAUGAGAGGUUUGCUGUUCCCGAAAUCCUCUUUCAUCCUUCUGACAUUGGCAUUCAGGAGAUGGGGAUACCGGAAGCGAUUGUUCAUUCUGUGCAAAGUUUACCUGAGGAGAUGCACCCACAUUUCUAUAAGAACAUUGUCCUGACUGGUGGUAAUUCGCUUUUGCCAGGAUUUAGAGAUCGUGUUUAUGCUGAAGUACGAUCUCUUACACCGUCCGAUUAUGACGUGUCAGUUUUGCUGCCUGAAAAUCCUAUUACAUAUUCAUGGGAAGGUGGAAAGCUGCUUUCUGAACAUGUUGACUUCAUGGAUAUGGUUGUUACCAGAGAUGAUUAUGAAGAAAAUGGGCAUUGCAUUUGUGAGGAAAAGUUUGACAUCUAAUGCCACAAGAAAUUAAGAGACAUUUACUUUAAAGAAAACGAUGAAUAUUCUACAGAACUGGUACUGACAUUUUCUGAAUGGAGGACAAGAGUUUGAUUAAGUGCAGUUGUGAACUGUUUGGUAUUCAAUCUAAUAACUGCCUUUGUGGUGGAGAGAAGCCAUACAUUAUUGUUGGAGAAGACCAAUCCCCAUUAUUUGGUCAAAGGCAGUUUUGCAUUUUUAGCAAAAAGCAAAAAAACUACAAAUGCUAGAAAUCUGAACCAGAAAUUGAGAAUGCUGAAAAUACUCAGCAGGUAAGACAGUGUUUGUGAAGAAGGAAUCAGAGUCAAUGCCUCAAAUUAAAUGUUUCAUCAGAACUAGGAAAAGUUGGUCUGAAAUAUUUCAUCUGACUUAAGGCUGUUCCUUCACUUUUUCUAUGGUACUUGGUGUCUGCAUUGGUGCUGCUGCCUGCUCACUUUAAUUUUGCUGUCAAUUUCUACCCUGCCCUCCACAACCAGUCCAUCUUGGGCUCUUUCCUUUUGUUUACCAUUUCAGUUUCUAUCUCUGUAGAUAGUUCCAGUCAGUAUCUAUUACAAAAUUCACACACUCCCAUGUGUAACCAAACUACACAUCCGUGGUUUGUCUUUGCCAUUCAAUAAAGGGAUUAAAUUAAGAGGAGAGAUUAUAUUUGAUAUCUUUCAGCAGCAUGUCCACAAUCCUGCAAAUCACAAUUUUUUCCAAAUACACAUUACAAUCAAUGAGUUGAGGGAGCCUGUUUCAUGUGUCAGUUGUGACUAAGCAUGCACCAAAUUCUUCUCCAAUUUACUCCCGUUGGACUCGUACUGUUUUUUUUUGACCAUUCCAAUAUGUGACAUUUGUAAAAGGCUUAUUAAUAUGAUGUGAUCUAUACUUAUGCCAGACUGAUUGACCCUCCUCAACACUGGAUGAGUUGGGCUGAAAUACCCAUUUAUUCACAAUGGGCAGCAUGUUUGUGCCAUUUCAUUUUUUCAUACUUCAAUACACAGGGAAUGAUUAUUUUUUAAAAAAGAUCAAUUAUGGCAGAUGUAUAGAGCUGCUGUAUACAUUUGUGAAGCACGAGUUCACAUGUUUUCAUCCAUUAUCUGUAAAAGGGGCACAUUUUCCACUGUUUUUAUAUUAAGUAGUCUUCCAUGCCAUUGCUAAAGCAGCAGCUAAGAUACACAGUUUGAAAAUGGGACACAGAUCUUGUGUAGAAAUGAGACACAUCUAACAUUAUUUUGUAGAUCUUUAUUUAAAAGUGCAUAGCUUUAUUUAAAAAAAAAUCAAAACCUGACAGAGUUGGAGUUAUUUUGUUUUCAGAGGCAAACUCAGGUGAGUUUCCACGGUGGUUAUGACCCUGAAAGGCAAAUAUGAAAUAAAUUAACUUCUCUAUCAAAUAGAUGUUAAGAGUUGACAUUUUACUCUGUGGACUUAAAUCUAAGCUAAUGCUUCAACUUGCUACUGAGUUAUAUUGUUGGAAUUUUCUGUUUCAGCUGAGGUGUCAGCUCUCUGUUGGGAGUUUAAGAUUUAUAGGAACUAUGUAGUAAAGAGCAGAGCGUGUUCUGGGCAGGGUCCAAUGUCACAAAAUAUUGGGCUGUUUUUAUCAGCUUUUUUUGUAGAAACUUGCCAUCAAUUUGACUCUUACAUUUCUUGUGACAGAAAAUAUUUAAUGGAUGGUGUUUGCUCCAGAGGUUACAAAUUGGUAGACAGUCCCUUUCGGUCUCUUAAAAUCUUAGAUCUGACCAGUAGAUGGCAGUCUUUCUUAAGUUGACAGCAAUAGAUUAACAAAUCUGUGGGAAAGUUUCUCAAGCCAACAGGCCAUCCAUCACAGAUAAACAUUUAGCCUGAAAAUCUAUUUAAUAAUUUAAAGUAAAAAUCAAUUUAAUUUGAACCUUGAUAACUGACUUACCAGUCUCAUGUUGAUUAUCCUUUAAAUAAACGAAAACCAAUUUCCCCUGGGAUCAAGAAAGUAUGACUAUGACUAUGACUAAAUUAUCACAACGCAGUAGAAACAGAGAUAAGCAUUUGUAUUUAUCAGACUUUGGAGAGAAUUUCAAAGUUAACAUUAAAACUUCAAUCUUGCAAGUACCUGAGGUUUGUAAUUCUGGACAGCUGUCCUGUUAAUUUAAGAUUAUCCGAUACAUGUUGGCAGUAAAAAUUGUGUGGAUUACUCACUCAAUCAAUUCCUUUGUACUUUGAUGUCACUGGUAUUUUGCAGGUCGCUUGGGAAUUGAGAUCUUCAGGCUUCAGUUUUCCCAGAGCACAACUGAGGAGCAAUAUCCUCCAAUGUUUCCCAUUCGGGAUUUGGCACAAAGUUAGGAUCUCCCAUGUGUGGAUGAAUGUCAGUGGUGUGGUGUGAAUGCAGCCUGGGCCCCACUGAGCAUGAAAAUUAGUUUUUGGCAUAUUCAACAGGCAUGAAGUAGUUCUGAUGGCUUAACCAGUUAAAAUAUUCAAACAAUUAUAAGAGUUUUUGGUGUGUGUAUUUAUACAAUUCAAAACUCAACAUGAAAAUUAAUUUUUGGGAUAUUAAAUAGUUGGGACAAAGUUCUGAUAGUGUAACCAUUAUAUGAUUGUAGAGCCUUUUUAGUGCAAAUUAUAAUUACUUGAAUUCUGAAGCAAGCUGUGUAUUAAUUUCAAACCUACUUCAGUUUGAUAUAUGCAAUGAUACAGCCACAUUUAUUUGUACAGAUGUUGUCCCUUCCACUUGGCUGUGUGAUGGAGCAAGAGAACUCAUUCUGAUUAAGGCACAGGUAGAACAGUGGUAGUGACAGCUUCAUAACUUAUUGUGUCAUCACCAAUGGAUGCUCAUGUAAUCCAAUCAAGCAAGGUUUCACAACCUGGGGUCCACAAACCCCUUUCUUAAUGGUAUUGGUUCAUGACAUAAAAAACAUUGCUGAAGGAACUAUUGGUAGUUCUAAUGCAGAGUCAGAGGAUAACAUUUGAUCAACUCGAAGUGGAGCCAACAUGGUCCAGUUGUGUGCCAGCUACACCAUCAUUCAAAUGACUGACAUGUUCAACAAAGAAGCCACAAGAGGGCAGUCU